GUAUCUAAGCUGAACACCGAUUGUGCAAGGAUUUGAUUUAUUGACGAAAGAUAACAAUGGUAUCUAUAAAAUAAAUAAAAAAGAAUCACAGAAAUCAUACAUAAUUGCAAUGAUGCUCAAUCCUCGAAUUUUCUUCGCAUAUCUGUUAUUCUCAUUUCGAAUCUCUUAUGAAUGGAAAAUCAAUUUAUGUUAUCGACAUUUUGUGGCAUGGAACCGCAACGUGAACGUUGACUAGUUCGUUCGUGUCCCCAUAUUUUCCAUGUCCACAGAGGGCGUAUCACGUUCGAGUCCGUUCGAGGGAGCACCGUGAAACCGGAGCGGAGCCGUGUCGUUUUCGAUCUUCUCUCCGGUAGACGGGUAGACCAGCGUGAGUGAGGAGUUAAACUCGAGGAGCGGAAGACUUUUUCCCGGUUGCUCCGGAGUCCCGUCAGCAUUAGUUUUCGGUUAACCCGGCUACUCCGUUCCCUUCCUCCUGUCCACCCGCACCCGUCGCGAAACGAUGCGACGAAUUUAAAGAGGGAGACAAGUAUAAUGUAGCGAAUUCGUCAGUGGUUAUUCGUUGAAUAUUGGUCGAUUCUCUCGCAGCGCAAGAUCGUAUAUAAAAUAUCGCUGACACUCUUUUUUUCCCCCUUGCAGAAUCCGGGGUGUGUACGCGCGCGCGCGCGAGUGUGUGCGUGCUUUACUCGAUCGCGGCCAUUCAGCAAUUUCGCGAUCUCGCCGUGUGUGAUUACCUAUAUUAAUUUUUUUUUUGUACGGCUGAGAGUGAUAUGUCCGUCGCGCGCGCCCGAACGCGUGGUGUACACCUUCAACGGCGCGGACGACGUUCGACGAUCGUGAAGGAACGACCCCGUUAGCGACAGGGCGAAAGAGAGUGGAGGGCGACGUCGGGUGGCGACGACGACGGCGGCGGUGGUGGUGGUGGCAGCGGCGGCGACGGCGGCGGUGGCGGCACGAGGGGGGGAAGCCUUCCGCCCCCUACGCGAGCCAGACGCCGGUAAUGAGUGUUUACGCCGCGAGCACGCCGACAGCGAGCACCGCGUUAUCGCCGGUGAUUAACGCGACCGGAGCAACGGCGUCGGCGGCGACGAAGCCGACGACGGCCACGACGACGACGACGACGACGACAACAUCGCCGACAGCAACGAGGACGACGACGACGACGACGAAAGCUACGGAGAUUACGUCAACGUCAACGUCAACGUCGACGACGACGACGACGACGACAACAACGACGUCAGCGGUGGUGGCGGUGACGGCAACGGCAACGGCAACGGUGGCAGCGGCAGCGGUGACGACGACGACGACAACGACGACGACAACAACAGCGGCGACGGCACCGGUUACGACGACGGCCACGUCGUCCACGGCGACCGCCGCGUCGCCGGAAGCAGCGACCGGCUGGAUCGAGUUCUGCGAGAGACACGCCCGCGCCUCGGCCGCCGAUUUUGCCAAGGCGUUCUGCGCCUACGUUAGCCUGAACCUACCCGAGAGCGCCCGCGCAAAUCUCUCGCAUCGCGACUUCCUACGCAAGUUCGUUGAAAGCUUCUGCGAGCACUUCGAGAGCGAGUAUCUGCGCCAGAACGUGAGAUCGUUAUCAUUGCACGAUACUAGGAGCAUAAUAUCCAAUGAAAGAGAAAUAAAUCUUGUGAGCCAAAAUACCAAUGCACCGGUUCGCGCAUCCUCGCAUGAGGAAUUCAGUGAUUAUUCCGAACAUGAGGGAGAGGCAGUGUCGCCGAAACCUGCUCACAAACCCUUCUUCCGCAGAUUGUCCUUUAAAGGACUUAAAAAGGGUAAGAGUUUCUUCCAUAAGCAGCAGAGUGAUGAGGUCGAGCUGUCCCACAGCGAGCACCGCAAGGACAAACACUCCAAGGCUAAGCUGUCAAAGAUCGUGGUGGAGUGUCGUAAGGAGGGAAUCGUCAAUUCCUUGAUGGGGGAGAACAUAGACGGGACGCAGAAAUGGGAGAAGUCACGGCUGGCAUUGAUAAAGGCCAUCGGCGGCUACAUGCUGGAGUUUUACUCCCCGCCGAAAGCCGUGAAACCACGAAGUGGCGUCUUCUGCUCGGCGAUAACGGAGGCGCGGGAGACCACGGCGCUCGAGAUGCCGGACCAUGAGAACACAUUCGUUUUGAAAACUCAAAACAUGGAGUUUGUCAUUGAGGCGCACGACUCGAACGACAUGAAAUCGUGGCUGGCGACGAUCAGAUAUUGCAUGCGAACGGUGCAGCAGAGCUCGAGUGCUCCUGGCUCCGGACCGGGUGACUCCUUAGGGGAUUCUCUGGGUCACGGUUCGCUGGCUAUCGGAUCCGACAGUGAUCGAUUACGAGCCAACUCGGCGAGUAAGAGCUUUCGAUCCGCUAGUCACGAACACGGCGACGAUUCACAGGGCAAUCCGCCGGAAUUACCUCCGAGACUUCAUAUGCGCAGCAGUAGUAAUCUAGAAUUAUGUUCCUCUCAGCAAGAAAUCGAGCAAAUGUCUGCUAAUGAAGGCGAGCUGGAUUUGUCGAGUAGCUUACGAGAGUACCCGUGGUUUCACGGCACUCUUCCUCGUUCGGAUGCCGCGCAGCUUGUAUUGCAUAGUGCAGCUAAUGGUCACGGUGUAUUCUUGGUUCGGCAAAGCGAGACUAGAAAAGGCGAAUUUGUAUUAACUUUUAAUUUCCAAGGAAGAGCAAAACAUUUACGGAUGACGCUAAAUGAUCAAGGUCAUUGCCGAGUCCAACAUCUAUGCUUUCCUGCGAUAUAUGAUAUGCUCGAACACUUUCGCCAGAAUGCGAUUCCCCUCGAGUCUGGCGGAACUGCGGAUGUUACUUUAACAGAAUAUGUAGUGGCGACGAAUCACGCAACGCGAACGGGACACCAUAACGUGGCGAGUAGCUCGAAUGUGCAACAGUCGCAAGAAAGGAGACCUCCGCCAGCUCUGGAGCCCAGAGAAGUAAGAGUCUGCAGUGGAAGUCUAACUCCUCUUGUGUGAGCGCGAGUGGCCAACACCCACAGUCUGAAGUCUAAUCUACAGACAGUACGCACUUAUGGUGGUUCUAUAAGAACGCGUGUGGAAUCGUUGGAGAGACUAGAGCAACAGAAUACCAUUGCGGAACAACAGGGCUCGUCCACAGGCAGAGCGGUUCAGAAUACUUAUAGUUUUCUCUGACGCUGGA